AUGAUAUUCACUUGGGAUUGGAAAAAUUCAUGUAUUGUUUUCAAAUGGUGGCAUGUUAAAACACCAACUGGAUUUGUUGUCACUUUAAUUGCCAUUACUUUAUUAGGUGCAUUCUAUGAAUUAUUCAAAGCUUGGUUCAGUCGUUGGGAACGAAAUGAAUUGGCAACAUUGGCUGCUUCUAAUUCUCCAACUGCAGUACAAGAACGUAAAUUCAAAUUGAAAAGAGGAGUAUUCUAUGGUUUUCAAGUACUUUAUUCAUUUUGGUUGAUGUUGGUGUUUAUGACUUACAAUGGUUGGUACAUGUUGGCCAUAGCCGUGGGUGCGGGUUUAGGUAACUUUAUUUGGGGAAAUAGCGCAUCUGGUGAAGCAGGAUCAGCAAGAAAUAUGUCAUGUCAUUAG